CUUCUAUUGUCUUAGCUACAAUCAAACAAUAUUCCUCCUUUCUUCUUUUUUCAUCUCCCUAAGAAAAUUUCUCUUCAUUUUUUUGUUGUUGUCAAAAUGCCAGAGCCAGUCCCAAAUUUCUCGAACUCAGUUAAGCUGAAAUAUGUGAAGCUUGGGUACCAAUACCUUGUGAAUAAUUUCCUGACAUUCUUGCUAGUCCCUAUAAUGGCUGGGCUCUCCAUGGAGGUAAUUAAAGUAGGCCCUGAAGAAAUACUAAGUAUUUGGAAUUCACUCAACUUUGAUCUAGUCCAAAUCUUAUGUUCUUCUUUCCUCAUCAUUUUCGUAGCCACAGUUUAUUUCAUGUCAAAACCAAGAUCCAUUUACUUAGUAGAUUACUCAUGUUACAAGGCUCCCGUUACCUGUAGAGUACCAUUUUCAACUUUCAUGGAACACUCACGUUUAAUCUUGAAAGACAAUCCCAAAAGUGUCGAAUUCCAAAUGCGAAUUCUUGAAAGGUCAGGCCUUGGUGAAGAAACAUGUUUGCCACCUUCAACUCAUUACAUCCCUCCACAACCAACAAUGGAAUCUGCUAGGCAAGAAGCUGAGGUUGUCAUAUUCACUGUUAUUGAUGACUUGAUGAAGAAAACAGGACUUAAGCCUAAAGAUAUCGAUAUUCUUAUCGUUAACUGCAGCUUGUUUUCUCCAACUCCAUCUUUAUCUGCCAUGGUGGUGAACAAGUACAAGUUGAGAAGUAACAUAAAAAGUUACAAUCUUUCUGGUAUGGGAUGUAGUGCUGGUUUAAUUUCAAUUGAUUUGGCUAGGGACCUUCUUCAAGUGGUUCCAAAUUCAUGUGCUUUAGUUGUAAGUACUGAAAUUAUUACUCCUAAUUAUUACCAAGGCGCAGAGAGAGCAAUGUUACUUCCAAAUUGUUUGUUCAGAAUGGGAGGUGCUGCUAUACUUUUGUCCAAUAAAAGAAAAGAUAGUUACAGAGCAAAGUACAGAUUAAUGCAUGUGGUGAGAACACAUAAAGGUGCUGAUGAUAAGGCAUUUAGAUGUGUGUUUCAACAAGAAGAUCCACAAGGGAAAGUUGGUAUUAAUCUUUCAAAAGACCUUAUGGUUAUAGCAGGGGAAGCUUUGAAGUCCAAUAUUACUACUAUUGGUCCUUUGGUUCUUCCAGCCUCGGAGCAGCUUCUUUUCUUAUUCACUCUCAUUGGAAGGAAAAUUUUCAACCCCAAAUGGAAAGCUUAUAUUCCAGAUUUCAAGCAAGCAUUUGAACACUUUUGUAUCCAUGCUGGUGGAAGAGCUGUUAUUGAUGAGCUUCAGAAGAACCUCCAGUUAUCUGCUGAGCAUGUUGAGGCUUCAAGAAUGACUCUCCACAAAUUUGGUAACACUUCGUCUUCUUCACUAUGGUAUGAGAUGAAUUACAUUGAGGCAAAAGGAAGGAUGAAAAAAGGUGACAGAGUUUGGCAAAUUGCAUUUGGAAGUGGAUUCAAGUGUAACAGUGCUGUUUGGAAGUGUAAUCGCACAAUCAAGAAACCAACGGAUGGACCAUGGGCAGAUUGCAUUGAUAGGUACCCAGUGUUCAUCCCAGAGAUUGUCAAGCUGUAACAAUUUAAGUACACACACCCUUUAAUUCCAAAGCUAUAUAUUAAAAAAAAAUAAAAAAGAAUAUUAGGGUGUUAUUCAGCAAGUUUUCUUUGUUAAAAAUUUCUAAGUGUGAUUGAGUUUUCUUCCUUAACAGCUGGAGUAGAUUUUUUCUUGGCUACAUGUAAAAUGGUAGUUGGUCAAAUGUCCGCAACAUACACACCAUUUGCAUUUAGUUUUAGGGUAUUUAUUACUGUGUCCGAAAAAGCUGUAUAAUUAUUUAUUUUUCUCAGCUACUACGAAUUUAUAUCAUGUA